UGCCGUCGUGUCGUGUCAUGUCUACAAAAUCUUAGUGCCGAUGUACUCGGCGGCUGUUCGCUCCUUGUCCAACACUUGUUCCAUUUGCAACACCCAAGUUUCUCGCGCUAAGUCCUCACGGUCAAAACAUCUCGAAACUCAGAUCACCUUCCUCGCUGUACUGGCCGACAUCCAUCCUGCCCAUCUCGGAGCCGACAUCUCGGUCACCCACGACCACAGCAGCAGCUCCAUCACGAUUGUGGGCGUCACAGCCUGUGUCGUCACCAGUGUCGUCACCAGCACCACCGCCACCAGCACAACGGCUCUCGAACUGCAUUCUCUCGCGCAAGACGUCGGCCUCCCGCUCCAGCAACUCGAUCAUGAGAGUCGCGUCGUCGGCUUCCCGCCGCUCCGCCUCGACGUGGGCACGCACCAUGUCCAGCACCAUGGCUGCAUCGCGGGCGUGUCUUUCCAGUGGGUGGUGCUCGUCAUGGUGGUGACGGCGGUGGUGGUCGUGAUGAUGGCCGCGGGAGCCAUCGGGAUCUCUGCUUUCCGGUUUGUGAUCUGCGUUCUUCCUUGCGUUGACGCUAUCGUCGUCAUCGUUGUCCGUGGGAAGCGAUCUGUUGCUCUGGGUGAUGAUGCUGCUGCUGCGGUGGCGGCGGUGCUGCUCAGCUUCUCGCCGGCGGCGGAGCGCGCUCAUUGCGUCCGUCUCUGCGCGCAGGGUCUUGAUCGUCUCGGUGAGCUGGCGUUCCCGGUCGUGCUGGGCGCUGCGCCUUGCCGCGAGAGCAGAUUCCUCGCGUUGUACGGUCGCGAUGUGAAACCAUUGCUCGGCGAUGUGGUCUGCCAGGUUGCCCCUGCCAGGAAGGUUGCCUUGAAAGCCGAGAUGGGCAGGAAGUGCGGAUGUGCUGUGGUGAAGGCUGUCAUGGUGAGGAGAUACACUGAAAUCCUUGCAUUUUCUGCUGCUGCUGCUGCUGCUGUCGCUAAAGUGUGCGUCCAAGUCUCGUUGAGGCUGAUACCCAGGUUGCUGUAGGUCUCGUUGGAAAUGUACACGCGCGGAUGGAGUGAGCAACAGCGAAGGAUUACUCGGAACCCGAUAGUACGGCGAGAUUUGCUCGCCCGUGACCUGGUCGUACUGUGCAACGGCAUGCUCGUAAUCGUCUCCCGGCCGUCGAGCCGCACAGUUGUCGCGUAUGCCUCGUGAUGGAGACUCUACUCGCGCUUCUUCAGGCUCAAGUUGUCGGUCAC